AUGUCAGCUAUUUACAAACUUUCCAUUCAAGGGAUCAGAUCUUUUGAUUCCAAUGACAGAGAAACAAUAGAAUUUGGCAAGCCAUUGACGUUAAUUGUAGGCACCAAUGGUUCCGGUAAAACUACUAUCAUUGAGUGUCUGAAAUACGCAACAACUGGGGACUUGCCACCAAACUCUAAAAAUGGUGCGUUCAUUCAUGACCCUAAGAUAACUGGAGAAAAAGAUAUUAGAGCUCAAGUUAAGCUAGCAUUCACUAAUGCAAAAGGAGUGAAUAUGAUUGUUACACGGAAUAUCCAGCUUUUAGCAAAGAAAAAUGCGAAUACUUUCAAGACUUUAGAAGGCCAAUUGGUGGCAAUUAAUCAUGGAGAGAGAACGACAUUAAGUACCAGAGCCAAUGAAUUGGACCAACAGAUCCCAUUAUAUUUGGGCGUACCGAAGGCUAUCCUUGAUUAUGUUAUAUUUUGUCAUCAAGAAGACUCAUUAUGGCCAUUAAGUGAACCGUCUAUCUUGAAGAAACGUUUUGAUGAAAUCUUCCAAGCAAUGAAGUUCACUAAGGCAUUAGACAACCUCAAAACCAUCAAGAAGGAUAUAUCUAUUGAUAUCAAAUUAUUAAAACAAUCCGUAGAGCAUCUGAAAACAGAUAAAGAUAGGUCUACCGCGACCAAGGUAAACAUAUCUAAACUGGAGAACAAAAUAGAAGAGUAUCAAAAAGAAGUGAAGAGCAUUGAACAUGACCUAAAUAUAAUCACAAAGGAAUCAGAUGCACUUUUCAGUUCAAAUCAAAAAUUUCAAGAAACCUUGUCCAAGUUGGAUAACCUCAAACAUAAUAAAACAUCAUUUAUGGAACAGAUACAAAGGUUACAAUCCUCGAUAGAAAUUCUACCAAAUUCUAAGAGUGAGUUGGAGGACAUGCUUCAGAAUUUUCAAAGAUUAUUAGAGGAGAAGAAUAUAGAACUAUUUGAAUAUCAAUCAGAAAAAGAAAGACUUUUAUCUUUAUUAAACGAUUGUAGAAAUGAGCAGCAAGAAGUGGUAAGAUUGCAGGGCGAAUUAGGCUCUAAAAAAAACCAAUAUGAGACCUCAAAAAUCAAAAUGAACACCAUUCUAACAGAACUAUCGGAGUUGUACAAUAUUUCUAAGGAAUCCGUAACAUCAGAAGUCUCAACGAUGCUCCAUACAGCCAAUAAGAACCUUGAAAGCCUGCUUGCCAAACACCAUUUCGAAGAAACUACAUUGGAGGAGAAAUUAUCAGUUUUACGAAAUUCGUUUGCGAAAAAGGAACAGCAAUUGUCAUAUAUUUCAAGCGAUUUGAAUAAGCUGGCGGACCAGACCAAAAAGCUAAGGAAUCGAUUAAAUGAUAAGAGGGUUAGUGAAAAAGAUUUAAAAGUCGAAAAAGAAGCUCUGAACAAUUACGAGUCUAAAUUGAAGCAGUGGAAUACUGAGAGAAUUGUUGAUGCGAUUUCUACCUCUAUAAAAACGAAGAAUCAAGAUAUUCUUUCGUUAGAAGAUGAACUAGAAGUUAUCCAACAACAAAUAACCAAAGCAAAUCAGCACUCCGACUUAUAUGCCAAAUUGUCCCUUUUGAAAGCUUCAGAAAGUACGAAAAAAAAAGAUGUUGAAACCAUCAAGAAGCAGCUUGAAGAGGGAGCCAAUUUAGUUAGCGUAUCUUUUAAUUUGGAAGGCGAUUUGCUCUCUCAAUUCAAUUCUAUUUUAGACAAAAAAAGAGUGGACCUAAAAAAGAUAAAAAACGAUAGUGACAUAGCCACAAAGGAGUUCAUACAAUACGAGAAUCAACUCCAAGGUAUAGAGGAGCAAAUCUAUGAAAUAGAGUCCAAUAUCACUUCAAUUGAAUCUAGACUCAAGGAGUCUUUACCAGAUGAAGUUGAAAUUGACACAUACGACGAGGAGUUACGUGACUCUGAAGAGUCUUAUCGAAUUGCACUUGAAAAUUUAAAAAUGCACAAGACAACUCUGGAAUUCAACCUUAAAGCUUUGGAAGUUGCAAAAAAUGAAGAUUGUUGUUAUCUUUGCCAAAGGAAAUUCAACGAUGUUACUUCUUCCUCCAAACUUAUUGAAGAUUUGAAAGCUAGAACUAACAAGAAUUUCCAGAUUGCACUAGAAACUACCGCGAAGGAGAUGGAAACAUAUCUUCAUGAUUUGAAAUCAUGUUACGAUGAUGUGCUUUCUCAUAGAAAAUAUCAACGUGAGCUCAGCACCAUGAAAGAUAAUUAUGCCAGAAUCAAACGCAGCACCGAGGAAAAACGAUCCAAUCAACAGGAAAAGUUCCACACUUUGCAAAAUUUAGAAUCAAAACUAGCUACACUUACGGAGAAACUCCAACCAAAUGUAAGCAAGGUUUUGGAUACAGAGGAAGAGCUAUCAAAAUUAACUUCCGAUUUAAGAAGAGUUGAAGAAGAAUUGAGUAUUUACAUUUCUGAUGAAAAACUUGAGACAAUUGAAACGUUGCAUUCUAAACAAAAACGUGUCAAUAAUGAAUUGAGAGCAUUGAGAAAAGACAUCUCUGAUUUACAGAUACAAAAAGAAGAUAAAUCUAAGGAAUAUAACAACCUACUAAGCCUUAUCCGAGAGAAGAACUCAAAUAUCAAUAACAUGGAAAGUGCGUUGCAAGAAUACCUAAACAUAACUAAGGAAGUCUGUGAAAAUGAAUCUAUCAUUGAAAGCUCCGAAAAAGAGUCAGAGAUUCUCACUGAAGAAGUCAACGAUUUAAAACUGGAGAUAAGUUCUGCCAGUGGCUCUUUAAACGAAGGAAAAGCAAAACAUAGGCAAUUAGAAGUGGAAGCUAGAGAAAGGAAGGAUAAGAUUGAAUCUCAGGUUGCCAACGUCAAUGAAUUAGUUGAAUUGAUACAAAACUUUGAGAUAAAUGAUGCUCCUCGCCUUAUAGAGUGCGAGGAGAAAUUAACUGAAAUUUCCAAUUCUGUAGAAUCUAAAACCGCAGAGAUUAAAAGCAUUGAGGAUUCAAUUAACAAUACUGUGCAAAAAUUGAAAGAUUCUGAUAACGAAUUCAAAAAUAUCAAAUUAAAUAUAGAUUUACUGGGUCUUAAAUGCGAACUCCAGAGAAUUGAAAAUGCUAUUUCAUCUAUGGAUGUUACUCAUGCGGAACAAGAGCGUAAUAAAUAUCAAGAGGACUCCCUUCGUUUGCGAACUGCUUAUGAAAAGCUCAGCUCGGAGAAUGCUGGCAAGUUAGGGGAGAUAAAACAACUACAAAAUCAAAUAUCAAAUUUAAAGAAUCAGCUCCAGACAGAUUAUAAAAAUAUAGACGAACAUUAUCAGCGAGAAUGGAUAAAGCUUCAAACAAAAUCUUUGGUCACUGAUGACAUUGAUACAUACUCAAGAGCAUUAGACAGUGCUAUCAUGAAAUACCACAGUAUAAAAAUGAAAGAUAUCAAUCGUAUCAUCGAUGAGCUUUGGAAAAGAACUUACAGUGGAACAGACGUCGAUACGAUAAAAAUUAAAACGGAUGAGGUAUCAAACGUGAGAGGUAAAUCUUAUAACUAUAGAGUUGUUAUGUAUAAACAAGAUGCUGAACUUGAUAUGAGAGGGAGGUGCUCAGCAGGUCAAAAAGUGUUGGCCGCGAUCAUUAUCAGAUUAGCUUUAUCCGAAACGUUUGGUGUGAAUUGUGGUGUCAUUGCUUUAGAUGAACCUACAACAAAUCUUGAUGAGGAGAACAUUGAAAGUUUAGCCAGGUCACUAGCUACUAUCAUUGAAGUAAGGAGACACCAGAAAAAUUUCCAGUUGAUUGUAAUUACUCAUGACGAGAAGUUCCUCAAUCAUAUGAAUGCGUCCUCUUACGCUAAUCAUUUCUAUAAGGUGAAGAGAGACGAUAGACAGAAGUCUCAGAUCGAAUGGGUUGACAUAAAUAAGGUCAACCCAUAA